UAAAUAGGGACGUGUAUGAGAGGGACAUUUUUAUUUCUCCAUCAUUAGUUUUGGACCGAAGCUGUAGUGGGACCCCGGCUCUGAACUCGUCGCGUUCAGCCGAGGGUGGGGUGUGGAGUGGAUGCGGGGAGCGGGUUAACGGUGCCGGCGCUGCCCUGAGCGGAAAGGUGUACUUGUGCAAGGCGCAGUCAGUCCGUUGCCUGAGCUCCCGCAGUCCUGGGACCGGAGCCGGUGAAAAGCCGCGGCGGGGAGGGGUGUCAGCAUCGCUCCCGGGGUAAUGUCUGAGAGAGGACGCGGCCGGGGUAGAGCACAGUUCACCUUUAACAUCGAAGCCAUCGGCUUCUCCAGAGGCGAAUCCUUGCCUGAUACUGGAUGCCAGCCGCUCCCUUUAUUCCCGCCCACAGAAUUUAAGCCUGUCCCCUUGAAUACAGGGGAAGAUGUGAACUAUAUCCUAGCCUUAAAGCAGGAGUUAAGGGGAGCCUGCAAGAAGCUGCCUUACUACAUUGAAGCUGCUAUUGAUAAAAAAGAUAUUGAAAGGUAUACUCAGAAGUAUAAGGAAAAGAAUGGCGCCAAGAAAUGGACACCAGAUUGGAGAAGACUUCCGAGGGAGCUAAAGCCAAGAAUUAAAAUGCCAAAAAAAGCAAGAACUGUCACAAAUGUACCCACAGUGUCCAUAACGAAGAGUCCUGAAGUUGUGAUUGACAAAUCUAAUGAGGAUGUAAUCCAAAAACUGCAGGAUCUAGAGAAGAAAGACACAGAAAGUAAAUCUGAUGAAGAAACUGAAGAGAAGGAGAAAGAAGAAGAUGAGAAUGCUGAGAAUGAAGAGUACAAUGAGGAGGAAUUUGAAGAGGAAAAUGAUUAUAUUGCAUCAUACUUUGAAGAUGGCGAUGACUAUGCAGCUAGCGACGAUAAUAUGGACGAAGCUACAUACUAGCAGUGCCUGGCAUUCCAUGUAUAUUAAACUCUGAAGUAAUUCAAUGAUAUUGUUACAAUUAUUUUAACUUCCCUUAGGUCACUUGUUUUGCACUUGUAAAGAAAUCAAAUAAAAAUUCUUGUUUACAAUGAAGAUAACAGGGUCGUAAAGGAGCUAAAAUGGGUAGUGGCACAUCAGACAUUCAUUGGAUAGUAAUAGAUCUUGGAUUUUGCACUAAUAUCAUAAAUUAUUAUAUAAUUACACACGUCUUUUGAGGAUAAUUAUGUUGCCAAAGUUAUGUUGCAAAAAUACUUCAGGGCACGUAGGGGUUAGUGCAGCAUUAUUCUAGCUCAGCGCUGGACUUUGGCGUUCAAUUAAGGCAGCACGUUAGUGAGUGGUUAGCACAACGUUUUACUGUACAGCCAACCCAGGUUCAAUUCCUGCUGCUGUCUGUAAGGAGUUUGUAUGUUCUUCCAUUGACUGCGUGAGUUUGCUCUGGGUGCUCCGGUUUCUUCACACUGUCCAAAGAUGUAUGAGUUGGUACUUUAAUUGGUUGUUGUAAAUUGCUCUGUGAUUAGGUGAGGUUUAAAUCAGUAGUUUGCUGGGCGGCGUGGCUCAAAAGUCCAGAAAGGCCUACUCCUCACUGUGCAUCAAUCAAUAAAUUAAAUAAAUAAUUCCAUUAAAAUCUGUAAGAAAGCUUGUGCAUUCUUCCCAUGUGUGCACGGGUUUCCUCCGGGUGCUCCGGUUUCCUCCAGGUUCCAAAGACAUACCAGUUACUAGGUUAAUUGGUCACUGUAAAUUGUCCUGUGAUUAGAGGCUCAGGUGAAAUUGAGAGUUGCUGGGCAGCACAACUCAUUGGGCUGGAUGUGAUACAUCUAGAAUGUAUCUCUAAAUAAAUAAAUAGAAACAGGCUUAAGAUUCUAAUGUGUAAGUUGGAAGUUAACAGGCUUGGGUGGAUUUUUAUGAACUAUUUUUAAAGCAGGCAUUGGUCAUUAUGAAUUUAAGACCAUUUCAAUGGAUGUACACUACCUUGGUGCUAAUGCAUAUCUGGUUUCUUUAUUGUUUCUGAUUUCUUUGGCAUGAAUAAUGCUCAAAGCAAAAAGUUUGAAUAAAAACAGAAAAUUCUGGAAAUAUGCAAUGAGCUGGUGGGUAUCCAUGGAGAAAGAAACAGUUAGCAUUUAGGUGUAAUGGACUUCAGGUUUGAGUAAGACAGAUUCAUCUUGACUCAAGCUCUGAGUGUUUCUGCUAGUCACCAGUUGAAAACGAUUAUCUAUUGGAUUAUUAUAAAGAAAUACAAUCAUGUUUACAGAGCCUACUGCCUUCAUUGCCUGUGUGUGUGUAACCUACCUCUUAAAUUAUUGCUGCACACAUCAGACUUUGGGUAAUUCACAUUUCCAACUUCACAUCACAUUUUCUAUGCAAUUGUUUAUAUAUUGCAUUAGGAAAAAAUAUCUUAAAAUAUUUUUCAAGAAAAAAGCGGUCCACUUCUUUCAGCAUGGUAAUUCUUAAUUCUCUAAGAUUUGGCGCUUUUGUAGGAAACCCAGUGUUAAUCCA